AUGUUGUCCACACUGAACCGGUCUGCCGAUGCUGCCCCCACAGAUUCCACGUGUCCAGGUGGAGUGGCAACACUGGCGACAGAUUACACCAUAACUGGUUACAGAAGCAACUAUACAGGCUUUAUAUGGGUACGACCAACUGACGGUCGGUAUGUCGCCACCUGCAACCCCAGCUGCAGCCCCGUGGCUGGGUACAGUGCAACUAUGAACGCCACACACUCUACACUCACUAUAAUCAGUGUUGGGUUGCAAGAUGUUGAGAUCCCACAAUGUAACAUCAGCAGUGACGAGGACACCGACUCCCUGGAACCUGGAGCACAGCUGACUUUAACAGUGGACAUCACAGGCUACUACUGUUCUCGGGAGGCGGGCUUUGAUCUGACUACUGGUGCUGUGACUGAAGCGUUGACCACGAAACACAACGUCAGUGAUGUGUCAGACUUGACCCUUAACACAAGCUUCAAGGUAGAUAUCACCCGAUUAGGCGAUGUGUCAAUAAACUUAAUGUGUGACGGAAGUUGGCCUCUGCAAUGUGAGGGUGUCCAGGACCUGUUGAAAAGUCCACCACAGUGCAACAUCAGCAGCGACAUGGACACCAACGCCCUGGAACCUGGCACUAAUCUCACUCUGACAGCUGACAUCCAUAACUACUACUGUUCUCAACAAGCUGGAUUUACUCUGACUACUGCUGCCAUUACAAAUAUACUACUGCAAAACCAGACAAUGGACAAUAUAUCUUAUUCAGCUUUAAUAUCCUCCCUCAUUGUCACAGCUGAUCGGUUUGGAGACGUCAGUGUCAACUUUAUGUGUGGCAACAACACGGAGACCCUCACCUGCGGUGGUAUUGUUAAACUGAGUGGUUGGUAUUCAUUGUAA